CAGUGUCCGAGUUUAGCUGCAGUAGGGAAGGUGGCUGCACCUGCCCCUGCUACUUUGAGGAUUACAGAUGGCCGGCAGGGCCGAGCCGAGGCGCCAGUGGCGAAGAGUAGGGUGUUUCAGAUGACAGCAGAGGAGGCGCGAGCGACUCCUGAUGUGGUGACGGGGUCGUUCUCUGUGAACGACAUUUCUGCUAUGGUAUUAUUCGAUUCGGGGGCUACCCGAUCAUUUGUAUCGCUUGCGCUUAGCAAGAGAUUUAGCAGAGCUCCAGGGGAGCUGGAUUGUCCACUAGGGGUUGAGAUAGCAGAUGACAGGACCGUGAGGGUCGCCAGAGUGCAUAGAGGGUGUUCUCUUCAGUUGUUUGACGAGCAGUUUUCGGUGGACCUGGUUCCUAUUCCCCUGCGAGGGAAUAAGGUUAUUGUAGGCAUGGAUUGGCUAAGCCCCAACGGGGCGGUGAUUGAUUGUGAGCUUCAGCUAGUGAGGGUUCGCACUCCCAGUGGGGGAGAGUUAGUGAUUCAGGGCGAGAGGCCACAACGCGGACCGACCUUUUGUUCCGCCGCAAGGGCGAGGCGCUAUUUUCAGCAGGGUUGCGCUGGUUAUGUAGCUUAUGUCUUGGAUGCCCGGGAGAAGGGCAAGACGACAAUUGAUGAUGUUCCGAUAGUGCGAGACUUUCCGGAUGUAUUUCCCGAGGAUUUACCGGGAAUACCUCCUGAGAGGCAGGUUGAGUUUGGGAUCGACCUGAUUCCUGGUGCGAAAGAGCCUUUGUGUGAUGGUGAAGAAGAAGAGCAGGUCUUUGUGGAGGUUAGAAGUUGCAGUACAAGUUUGGAUUUGAGUUCUUCAAAGGGUGGAGCUUCUUCUAGAGGUAAAAAGCUUAGAGCUUUCCUUAUCAUGUUUGUGUUGUGA